UGCAUAAACAACGCUUGCCUGGUUUCAUUCUGCCACUGGGUUGGACGGCAAGAAUCCUUUUAAAAUGGCGCAAGCUGGGGUUUUCCUGGAGCACGACCAGUUCAACUGUUCCAUUUGUCUGGAUGUCUUAAAGGACCCUGUGACUAUCCCAUGUGGACACAGUUAUUGUAAAGGCUGCAUUAAAGGCUACUGGGACCAGGACGACUAUCUGGGGAUCUAUGGCUGUCCUCAGUGCAGGCAGAGCUUCGCUCCCAGACCCAUGCUGGGCAGGAACACAAUGCUGGCAGAUGUGGUGGAGAAACUGAAGAAGACAGGGCUCAACCCUGGACUGACAGAGUCUGAUCUGACCCAAGCCGAACCCGGGGAGGUGGAGUGUGAUGUGUGCUCUGGGACAAAAAACAAAGCCUUUAAAUCCUGCCUGGUGUGUCUGGCGUCUUACUGUGAGACCCACCUUCAGCCCCACUACGAGUCUCCUGCCUUUCAGAAACACAAGCUGGUUUCUCCUUCAAAGAUGAUUCAAGAUCAGCUCUGCUCUCGCCAUGAGAAGCUCCUGGAGGUGUUCUGCCGCACUGAUCAGCAGUGCAUUUGUUAUCUUUGUUUAACUGAUGAACACAAAGGACACGACACUGUUCUAGCUACAGCAGAGAUGAAUGAGAAAAAGAAUGCUCUGGCGGAGAUGCAGAGGAUUUCCCAGCAGAGGAUUCAGGAGAGAGAGAAGGAGCUGGCCGACCUGAGAGAGGCGACACAGAUGCUCACUCUCUCCGCACAGACGGCCCUCGAGGAGAGCGAGCGCAUCUUCACAGAGCUGGUGUGCUCCAUAGAGCGCCGGCGAGCUGAAGUGACGGAGCUGAUCCGGGGUCAGGAGAGGGCGGCAGUGAGCCAAGCUGAAGCACUCCUUCAACAACUGGAGCAGGAGAUAACAGAGCUGAAGAAAAGACACGCUGAACUAGGAGAGCUCUCGCAAACAGAGGACCAUAUCUCCUUCCUUCAGAACUGCAGGUCUCUGUGUGCUCAGCCUGUGCUUGCUGACUUGCCAAACAUCACCUCUGACCCAAAUUUUGGAUCCAUGAUGGCGGCGCUGACAGAGUUCCAGGCUCUCCUCGACGACGUCUGCCAGGGAGGAUUUGUCAAUAUCUCAGAGAAAGUGAAUCAUGUUACUAUUAUUGAGAGCACCAAACCAAAGACAGAUUCAGAGUCCAUUACAGCUUCAUCACCGCUCUUUGGUCAGCCUGUACAGAGCCCGUUUACCAUGAGCGUCCCGACAAUUACUGUGUUUCCAUUCUCAUCAUUCGGAUCCAGACCACAAGGUUCUCGUCAGAGACUGCAGUCACGUAGGAGGCGAAGGUAGCUUUAAGAUCGUCCUGAGAAAUGCCUGAUUAGAAUUCAGUCAAAAGGCCAAAGUCGGUUUGUGGUAGUGUUUUGGAACAUGUACAUUUUCAUGGUUGAAAAAAAAAAAAGUAAAGCUACAGUAUAUUAAACGCUAACUCUUAUUACUAAAUAAGACAGAAAUGUAAAUGCAGAUGCGUUUCAGUGUCUACCAUCCAAGUCUCAAUGGUAUAAACUUUAAAUUUAUGUUAAUCUGUAUAUCUUACAAUUACAGAUGUGUUUGGAGUGAAAGUUGCAAUAUUAUGUGAUCAAAACUUUUAAAAUAUUUGCCUGUUGAUUAAGCUAUGAUUAUAGUAUUUUCUCAAGUAUUAGUUAAACACAUUAUAGUGUUAUACUUGUGUAAAUGAUUAGUGUUUUAUUCACUGACGCUGUCUCUCUAUUAACAGAUGUUCAUUUAAUCUUUAUACUGUAUGUUUGAGAUGUAUUUGUGUGUAUUAAACAUUGUUUAAUUGCAAGAAUUUUUAAAAUAAGGUUGUUCAAUACUUAUUUCUCAUA